UGUCCUGCCUGUAGCUCUAUACAGAUGUUGAGUUGGCAGUUUGGCUGCAUGUAGUUGUGUUCGGGAGGCGGGGUUUCGAAGCUGCGAGUUCUCCCUGAAAAGAACCAUUUUGAAAAUGAGCUGCCGUAAAGUGAACAUAGUAAUUAUUCUGCUGGCAGCAGUGGUAUUCCUACUGAUCCUGCACCAUAAUCUGCUGGGUCUAAGCGACAUACUGAAGAGUCAAAGUUCAGAUUCUGGUCCUGUGGGAUUUCAGCGUAUUGAUUUCCUACCAGAAGCUCCUGAAGGUGCAUCUGAAGAUAAGAGUGCCGUGGACAUUCCUGUGGCCAUCACCGCUGUAGAAAGUAGACUUGGAGGGGUUGUCACUGCAAUACAUAGUAUUUUCAGUAAUACAAAGUCCAGUGUCACCUUCUACAUUGUUACAACAAAUGAUACCAUGGAGCAUUUAAGGACAUGGCUUGGUGAACCUAAACUUAAAAAUGUCAAAUAUAAAAUUAUAGAAUUUGAUCCCCAGGUGCUUGAUGGGAAAGUUCGAGCUGAGGCUAGUGCGCAACCUCUAACAUUUGCUAGAUACUACCUCUCUGAUUUGGUCCCUGGUGUAGAGAAGAUUAUAUAUCUCGAUGACGAUAUCAUUGUGCAAGGUGAUAUUCUAGAACUUUACAAGACCCCAAUAAAACUUGGACAGGCAGCUGCAUUUUCAGAGGAUUGUGAUUCAGUUACAUCAAAAUAUCUUGUGCGAGGCGCCGGUAAUCAGUACAAUUACAUUGGAUAUUUUGAUUACAAGAAAGAGACAAUCCGUAAACUGGGAAUGAAAGCCAAUACCUGCUCCUUUAAUCCAGGGGUCUUUGUAGCCAAUCUCACUGAGUGGAAGAGACAAAACAUUACCAAGCAGCUUGAAAAAUGGAUGCUUUUAGAUAUGACUGAAGAAUUAUACAGCAAGACCCUGGCUGGUAGUAUCACUGCUCCCCCACUCCUUAUUGUCUUCUACAAGAUGCACUCCAGCAUUGAUCCCAUGUGGCAUGUCAGGCACUUAGGUUCUAGUACUGGGAAGCGUUAUUCACUACAGUUUCUGAAUGCUGCCAGGCUCCUUCACUGGAAUGGACAUUUUAAACCAUGGGGUCGAGCAUCCUCAUACUCUGAGAUCUGGGAGAAUUGGUUUGUUCCAGACCCCACUGGGAAGUUUCAACUCAUCAGGAGACACACAGAUGCUGAUGAAAGCAAGUGAGGGAAGACGGCUCAUCUAGAAAUCACAUGAACUCUUGUUCCUGGACUUAUUAUUGAGCAUUGAAAAGCAGUAUUUUCUCAGGAAACCAAAAGCCAUUUUUUCUUCUGUUUCUUUUGAGGGAGAUACACUACAGACUAUAUUCCAUGUUAUGUAUAUUAGUAUUUGUUUUCAUUAUGCUUUGAAUCUAUUUAUCUAAAUGUUUUGUAUUUCAGUAUCUAGUUCUAACGGUGUUCAAACACUCCAGAAUAAUUCUGUCCACUUAAG